UCUACUUAAAAAUAUUAAUAAAGUUAAAGAUUAAUUUUUCAUAAUUUUAUAAAUGGAUAACACAAAUUUUUGGAAUUCUGCCAAGCUAGACUCCCUCUCAGUAUGGUAUUUCUUUGAGAAUCCCCAAUGAUCGGAAUCAAUGAAUUCGAUGUUCCAGCCUGGAGACAGAAAGAACUUAUUUCAGAGUUAUACAGAUUCUCUCUCAUGACCAAAUCUAGAGGAUGCUCAGCAACCCAAAGAAAUUAUUAAUCAAAGAGACUCUGAAAAAAUGAAUAAAAAUGAAGGUGAUGCUGAAAAUGGAUCCUUGAGAUACAAGCUUGCCAAUCUACCUUCUCAUCCAAUUGCUUUAAAGAAGGAGCCUCAACUAAAGAAUAACAGCGAUACAAGUCUUUCCCAAGGGCUAAAGAAAAGAAAGAGCAGAGUUGAUAAGCUUGAUAUUAAGCCUGGACUCCUAAAACUAAGAAGGCGGAUACUUAAUAAUAUGCAUAAAUAAUGCGACUGCGUUCACUCAAUCAAGGAAGAAGACAAGGUUCACAUCGAACAUCAACCUUGGCAGAAGGUCUCGAUAUAUUGGGGUGACUAAGAAUAACACCCAUUGGCAAGCCCUGAUCAAUGUGAAAAAGAGUAAGAAGUACAUUGGUACUUUCAGCGAUGAUAUUGAAGCAGCUAGGACAUAUGACUUAUUCUCUUUAGCAAUAAAGGGAGAACGUGCCUUGAUCAACUUCAAUUACACAGCUGAAGAAAUGAUAGAGAGUAUCGACUAUUAUCUAUCACACAGUUGUAUUAAACCCUAA